AUGGAUCAACUGCAACCUACACCUUCGCCCAACAAACGCCAGCGUCCUGAGCCAGAGAAUAACAAUUCGACCUUGGAGCCAUCGACCAAGAGAGUCAAGAUACUCCAACCAGCACGCUUCUCAUCUUCGGAACCGGCAGAGCAGAACAAAAUCCUCGACACUGUGCCAGAGGCCGAACAUCUUCCAUGGCUCUCUGAAUCCGACAAGUCAGUCAUUGAAAGUCUGGGAUUCAAUGUUCCUGUCAAGAAUCCCACCGCCGCUGCCACCAGGUACCAGUACUUCGUCCCCUUUACCCUGGUAGAGGCCAAUCUCGAAGUCACUCAGACCUAUCAUCACUGGUGCGAGUUAUUCGGUACUAUCUGUGACCCGUCCGGGACCACCGGAGGACUCCGCGAGCGGUUCUGCAAUGUGCAGCACAAGGUCUUGUUUUUCCAGGAGGACUCGUUGAAGCCUCAUCCUUACCAUGGCGUGGUCGAGGGCAAUCGUCUUGUUAUCCACCUCUUCCGCCGUAAGCCCACGAAGUCAGACCGCGACUUCGAAGAGUUGCAGGACAAUUUCAAGGAGGAGAUCAAGAUUAUGGAGUCCGCAGAUGGCAAGUACAAGAUAAGCGACCUGAGAAACUUGGUCCUUUGCACCAGGCUCACACUCGCUCAACGUCAGACGCUGUCCAUUGCUGCUCAGGUUGGCCUCAGAGUCGGAGCUGGAGCUGAAGACCUGGACGACUACAAGCGGCUUCUUGUCCAGAUAUCCGAAGCCAACCGCAAGGCGCAAAAUGACCACGACAACAACCCUCAUCUCAACCACAACAACAACGGGAGUGCCGACGAGGACGACCUUCACGAGCAAGACCUGGAGCCUGAGGAACAACUUACACACAAUUCAUACGCAGAACUCAGAGCGAUGUUUGACGACCCUGAGGUCAGAGAAGCAUGGGGUGAUGAGCUUUACACCGCAGUUUGGAAGGCCAAGUUGGAGGAGAUGGACGAAGACCAUUUGAUCAACCUUGACCGCGACAAUAUUCCUGAGGAGUUUCACAUCAUGUUGAGCCAGAUCAUUGAGCAGAAGGCUCAUGACAAGAGAGCUGCCGUCCUUGAUGCUUUGGAUGAAUGA